AUAACACAAAAUUAUUUCUUUUGAUUUUACUCCGUACUACCUUUUUAGUCAAUAUGUCCAUAUAGGAGGGAAAUACAAUAUAGGCACUCUACAGUCUACACUUAUACCUUCGUCUCCUCGCGCAGUUAAAACUAAAAAAAGAAUUAAACGAGAAAGAUGGAGGCAUGGAGACCUGCGCAGCCACGAGGGGUGUCGAGACCGCGCGCAAGGCUGCCGGGCGGGCGGAGGGGCUGGCCGCGCUACCCGACGACGUGGUCGGAGGCCACACGUCUUCUCGGGCUUAAUGCAGGUUUUAAUAAUAUCUGGAAGAAUCAGAGCUUAAAAGCUUAUGCUAUGAAUGUGUCCCAAGGAGUUGAUCCGUCACCAAGUUGCAUUAUUAAAGCUACGGACGAGCCUGAUCAUCUCAUUGUUCUUGUUCACGGCAUCAUGGGCAGCCCAAGUGACUGGACUUAUAUCCAAGCAGAGUUGAAGAAGCAGCUGGGAAGCAAUUUCUUAAUCUAUGCAAGUUCAUGUAAUUGUUACACAAAAACAUUUAAUGGGAUCGAUGGAGCUGGAAAACGAUUAGCGGAUGACGUCAUACAACUUGUGCAAGAGAGAAAGAGACUUCGAAAGAUAUCUUUUCUAUCGCAUUCUCUUGGUGGACUGAUUGCAAGAUAUGCAAUCUCUGCUCUUCAUACACCAAGCCCAUCUAAUGAUAAGUUUGGUCCAGCAAGAGGACUAAUUGCUGGUCUGGAACCCAUCCAUUUCAUCACCUUGGCCACCCCACAUCUUGGAGUAAGAGGCAACAAACAGCUUCCAUUUCUUCUGGGAGUCAGUGCCUUGGAAAGGCUUGCUGUGCCAAUUGCUCCAGUUUUUGUUGGCCGAACUGGUAGCCAGCUUUUCCUUACAGACGGCAAACCAAAUAAACUGCCUCUUCUUUUAAAAAUGGCAUCGGACUGCGAAGAUGGCCAAUUUUUGUCUGCACUUGGUGCCUUUAGAUACCGCACCAUUUAUGCUAAUGUCUCUUAUGACCACAUGGUUGGUUGGCGGACUUCUUCUAUACGAAGGGAGGCAGAACUCGUCAAGCCUCCCCUACAUUCAUUGGAUGAUGUCUACAAGCAUGUUGUAGCGGUUGAAUACUGCCCUCCGGUUUUAUUGGAUGGACCUCAUUUCCCUCCCGAAGCAGCCAAAGCAAAAGAAGCUGCACAACAUGAACCCAACACUAAGAAUGCAUUGAAGUAUCAUGAAUUUGUUGAAGAGGAAAUGAUUCGCGGCUUGCAACAAUUAGGGUGGAAAAAAGUGGAUGUGAAUUUCCACUCUGCGACUUGGCCAUUCUUUGCUCACAACAACAUCCAUGUGAAAAAUGAAUGGCUUCAUAACGAUGGAGCUGGAGUCGUUGCGCACAUUGCGGACGACAUAAGGCAAGUCGAUUCCUUGUGGCGAAUGCAAAUUUGAAGCCAUUACGUAACUACUUUUGCAAUUAUACAGUGCGAAGACCCGCUUUCUUGUAGGUCGUGCGGGUUGAAGAAUUUGCACAUAGAAACUUUCAUUGCACUGCAACUUGGUGCCCUAUGGGCAUGGCUACUUUGUGCCUUUGUGGUGUGGUUUAAUUACACAAGUUCAAAACUCUGUAAAUGCACCAAAGUAUGAUACAAUUUAGGAUGAUGACACACUUGCUGGAUUGAGCCGUAGGAUUCUUGGGUUGAACCAUUUAAAAAAAUUGAAUUUCAAUCG